AUGGAUUAUAUUGAAUUUAUUGGUAAAGGAGAAACACCUGAUAGUUUCAGGGACAAAAUAAAUGAUUUAGUAAAGAAAGAAUUCAUGAAGAUAGAGAAAGAAACAGUUCAUCCCGAGGUACGAGACAUAAUAGCGAAAAGUAAGGGUCCUGCUAAGAAUGUUGAUGCGCUUCCAAAAGGAUUGUACGCUGAAUAUUUACGACUAUCUAAGAAUAAUAAAAAGCGAGCGUUGAGUUAUGAUGAUGACAAUGAUACUUUAUUUUUGCAAGAAUACAAAAGGAAGUACCCCAGGAUAAACACUUCCAGGUACGUACCGAACGAGUCUGCCGAACUUGGUUCAUUGGGAAUUGUAGAUUCUUACUUGAAACAUCAAGAAAUAGUUUUAAGUACGCUUUUACCGCGGACCAUAUCCAAUCAAUGGAUGAUUAAUAAUGAUCAUAUUCAACAAACGUCUACAAUAGUGGAAGAAAUGAACAAACGGCAAAGUAAACAAAUCAGUGAUUUAGAAGUAUAUAGAGAGGGACUAAAGUGUCGGUAUGAGCCUUUGUUUUUACAAAUGAGGCGGCAAGUCAAGGAGAAAUUGAAACAUCCACCGCCAAAUAUCUAG